AUGCAACUGCCGCUUGGAACACGAGAAGAGCAUUCGUUCGAUCCACCGUUUUCUAUUUUGAAGCUCCAAUCUUCUGAUGAGAAGAAUAAAGAAGUUGAAAAAGAGGGGGCGAGGGGGACAAGGCUUCAAAAUGCGACGCCCACCAGGACACCUUCGGGAUACGCUGCCGCGGGGAAUCGACUGAAGCCUACCAUGCUUCUCGCCAUCUUUGCGUUUCUUUUUCUCCUUUUAAAAUGUGCCAGUCGUGUGUCUUUCCGUCGUAUGAACGAAGGAAGAACGAUCAGGCGACUGGCAAGACGGCGCCCCCCUCCCUAUGCUGAACAGGAUGACGACGUUUCUGCUCUUGUUGGCCUGUGUUUAGACCUAGAAGAGUCAAGCCCUGAUUUGUUGCAACCUGGAUACGGUCAGCCACCGUCAGUGCAGCGGGAUCCCGCUUUACAGCAGCCGCAAACACGGGCGCUGUUGCUGCCGCAGCAACAGCAGCCGGUGCUGCUGCAGCGACGGGGAGGACAGGACCAGGUAUUGCAGCACCACCGAGUGCAACCGACGCUUCUUCAGCAUCGGGGGCAGUGGGUGACACGGCAGGAUCCGGCUCAGGAAGGUCAACGACGACAGCAGGAGGCGUUGCUUCAGCACCAUGGGCAGCAUAUGCGUAUUCCGCCGCAGCAACGCCACCAGGAGCUGGGCGUCCACCAGCAACCAUGGCACCAAAGGGUGCUGCCGCCACAACAGCAUCAGGCGGCGAUGUUACAACAAGGGCAAGAACAGAAGGGGCUGCCCCUGCCGCAACCAGGGCAGCAGGCGCUUCUGCAGAAGCAGCAGGUGCCACAGGUGUUCUUACAGCACCAGCGACGGCAGCAGCAACAAGGGAUUCAGGGGCUGCAUGCCUCGCUGCUGCUGGAACACUCGCAACAGCAGAUGCUGACGCAGCUGAAAGAACAGCAGCUGCUGCUGCAGCGGCAUGGAGGGCAGGAUAUGCACCUGCAGCCACAGCAACACCCCCAGCAACCCUUAGUGCGGCAGCAACAACGGCGGCAGCAGAAGCAAGAGCAGCAGCUGCUACCACUGAGGCUGCCACGGUACGCGACGCCGCACGUGUUGGAGCACCAUCAGGGCUUGGAGGCGGUGCAGCCUCCUCAACAAUGGCAACAGCAACACCUGCAGCAGCAAAUUCCCAUCCCAGCGCAGCAACAGCAAACCCAAUUUCAUCCCUCGUCGUAUACCCAGCCAGCUAUUGUGUCAUUGGAACCCCCAUUCGAUCCUCCCACACAGAUUCAGGAUGAUUUUUAUCCAUCGAUGCAGAACCUUGUUGUUGGUUCGACACCCGGCAGCGCCCCUGCUACUAGUAGUACUAUUACGACUACUAGUACUACUCCUACUAUUUCUUCUAGAGGUGUACUCCAGCAUUAUCUCAGUGAUAACAGCUCAUCUGCUGCAAUGACGGGGCUGACAGCACCUCUUCUUCAUCCUCCCAUAGGAAGCCCACUGGCUGAUUCCUCCUCUGGUUUACAUUUGCUGGCGAAGGUUGAGCCCAGGGACCCAGAAGUCUCGUUUGCUUCUUCACUCUCACUAGAGCAGCCAUUUGGGGUGGGUGGAUGGUCGAGCGAUGAAUUUGAAGGCCCCCCCCUGGCAAAGCGAAUGAUGCUUGAAGUGCCUUCCGAAGGAAGCGAAGAAGCUGGGGUGUACACGCACCGCAGCUCAAUGGAUGCGGGACACGGACGAAUGCCUGCAUUUGAGGAUUCCAGUAGCUCUCCUGAUGCGUGGCUAUCUGAUUCCGUAUUCGAUAUUAAUUUACACCAACGCCAACUAGAUUCAUUCGAUUCAUCGGACUCAUUUGAGUUAUUUGACCCUUUUGCUUCCCAUGCAGAAGAAAAACCAGGAACUUCAACACAGGAAACUACUUAUGCCAGCACAUCCUCCCCGGAUGACCAGCCAAUUCUGCCGCCGGGGAUUACUUCUCAAAAAGGACCCGCUGCUGCGAGGGAGGCAGCUGUUGGAAGGGGGGCACGUGCUGCAGGGGAUGUACUUGCUGCAUGGGAGGCACGAGCUGCAGGGGAGGCGCGUGCUGCAGUGGAGACGCCUGCAGCAGGAGAGUCACGUGCUGCAGGGAAGACACGCGCUCCAGGAAAGACUCAUCCUGCAGGGAAGGCACAUCCUGCAGGAAAGGCGCGUUCUACAGGGAAGGCACACCCUGCAGGGAAGGUGCAUCCUGCAGGGAAGGUACACCCUGCAGGGAAGGCACGGCCUGCAGGGAAGGCGCGGCCUUCAGGGAAGGCACGUCCUGCAGGGAAGGCACGUCCUGCAGGGAAGGCACGUCCUGCAGGAAAGGCACGUGCCGCAGGAAAGGCACGUGCCGCAGGAAAGGCACGUGCCGCAGGGAAGGCACGUGUCGCAUGGAAGGCACGUGCCUCAGGGAAGGCACCUGUGCCAGGGGAGGCGCCUGCUGCAGGAUGGAUUGCUGGUGCAGUAGAGGCCCUUCGAGGUGGCCUUUUAGACAGUAGGAGUGAUGAUGAUUCUACAGAAGGAAGUGAUUCAGAUUCAUCGUUUAUGCUUUCAACGAGCAGCCAAGAUAACAGUGAAGAUUCGGUAGAGGAGGAGUUGUCGGAAGAUUCUUCCGAUGACAAUGAGGACAUGGAGAAUCAUCCCUUUUAUCGGCUGCCAAAACUUGGGCCGGGUGUAUCUCCACGUUCUGUGAUUAUUGAUGGUUAUCUUGGGGCAGCUGGGCGUAACUCAUUUGUGCAUCGUAGUUUGUUGUCUGUGCACCAAUUGUGUUCUCGGCAAUUUUUGACCAAUGCUGAGGCAGACGAACUAAGACGUUCUGCACAGCAAUUAGGAAUGUUUUUGCGAGGCAGGCACAGGACCCCUCUGAACUCCAAAUCUCCCUUCAGAGCGGCGUAUUUGCUGGGCCGUCGGUUCUUUCUCAUGGAUGCUAUCCUCUCCUCUCUACAAGUGCUGGGCUUCACGGAGGUGUCUAGGAGGAGUUGGGGAGAGCUAGCGAAGGAUAUCCCGUCAGUCGUUGACUACAGAUACACGAGAGGAUACGGCAAGCAGUUUAACAAAAACAUGAAUGUCGUCAACCGGCUCAGUGAAGCGCUCGCAAGUCUUAAAGAAGGAGUUAGAGCUCCUGCUAAAGAGACAGUGGCACUCAAAAGAUACCUCCUGUCGCACCUCAGGAACACAGACUUUGUUCGUAACGCUUUCGACAAGUGGAGAGAAGAUGAUACACGAUGGAUGGAGGACAGAAGAAGGGAGAAGAAUGCUGGAAGGCUAGGUAAUGCAGGCAUAGAAGACGCAAGACGCUGA